GGAGGAUCUUUCUUUGCAUCAUCCAUCUUGACAAGAGCAUCAAAAAACCGAUUUAAUGCAAUUCGACAAAAAAGAUCUCCCCUUGCAGCCCAGGUAGGUAGGUCGGUCAUGCUUUCCGAGCCAGAAAGAGGCUGAGAAAUAAUCUCCUCCCCAUUGGAACGCCACUGUCACUGCAACAAUGAAGUCUUUGUGACUCCCAACAAGACAGGAGAAAGAGGAAGAGGCCAAGCUUCUUUGUUGGCUCUUUGCUGCGACUCUCCAACUCAUAUUCAACUCUCAAUGAGAUGGAGCAAAAUCGUUUCAGGACUUAUCUGCUCAGUCUCCCCGCUGAUGAAUUCACAUGCUCUUGGAAAACGGAGCUCUGAUGGCUAGCUACUGAUAGAGAGAAAGCAAGAUUCAGAAAUAGGCGGUAAUUAAGGAACAAUGGGCAAUGAAAGAGUAGACACACUUCCUUGAGAAUGGCUUAGUUAGGGGGUGGUGCUGCUUUCCCAGGAGGGGGUUGCACUUCUCUGAAGGGUUAUUCCUUCAGGGAAAGGUGAUUGGGUACAAUGGAAAGAGAACUCAAGGGGAUGGAAUAAAAAUAAUUAAUGUUCGUAGAGCACCUUAAAGUUUGCACACACUUAAAAUCUAGCAUUUUACAACCACCCUGGGGAGAUAGGUGGUAUUAUUCCCAUUUUAUAGAUGAGGAAACUGAGGCUGAAAGGCAAUUUGGUAUAAUGGAAAAAGAACUUGUGGGGACCAGAAUAAAAAUCGUUAGUGCACAUAUAGCACCUUAAAGUUUGCAAACACUUUAUAUAAAGCAUUUGAUCCUUACAACAACCCUAGGGGAUGGAUGGUAUUAUUAUUAUUCCCAUUUUAUAGAUGAGGAAACUGAGGCUAAGAAUAGUUUAGUGACCUACCCAGGGUUAUAUAUCCAGUAAGUAUCUGAGGCAUGAUUUGAACUUAUGAAUUUUCUGACUCUAGACCAGAAGCUCAGCUAUUAUCGCACCUUGCUACCUCAGAGUUAGGUUUAAAUCUCAUUCCCUGGAUGAUCUUGGACAAGUCACCUUUCUCGGUUUCAUUUCCCUCAUCUGUAAAAUGAGGAAUUUGAAUUAGAAGAAUUCUGAGACUCCCCCCAUCCUUCCCCAGUUUUACUUCUAGGAUCCUGUGAACCACAGUCUUGUCAAGAUGGUACCAUGAAUUCAAGUUAAACUCCAUUCGACAAAGACUGUUUGGAGAGCAUUGUGUGAGGUGCUGGGGAGAAGCAAAGUCUAGACUAAAUAUGUAUCUUUCCCCUCAUGGAGCUGAAAGUCUAGUAGUAUCUGGAGAUAACUGACUAUAAUAUAUGAGAAAAAACCUCCAAGUACUAUAGGAGGGCUGAUAGGGAAAAGGUUCCCAUUGACAGCUGAGAUGAGAGGAGGGUUCAUGGAGGAAUCGACUGAACUGGAGUUUUCAAAAUGAUGGGGAUGAGGAGACAUGGACAUUUCAAGCAAAGGGAAUUGUGGGAGUUGUACCAUGCAGAAUUUCCUGGCAAUGUUCAGGGAACUGAGAGUUGUGUAGGUUGGCUGGCACAUAGAGUUCUUAUUGGAAUGUGGGCAGAGAUAUGUUUAUUAUUUAUGUGAUUUCAAAUUUUGGAUGGCUGGGUUAAGGGAUUAACUUAAUAGGUAAUAAGGUGGCAAUGACAAGUUUUGCUCAGAAGAGUCAUAUGGCCAAUUUUCAGCUUUCAGGGGUAUCUGUUAUCUCAUUUGCAUCUAGUUUUCCUCAGAAAUGCUUCAUAUUUGCAUUGUAUUUCAUAAUAGAAACUGCUCAUAUUUUUUCAUGAUUCCUCAUGCAGUUUUUGAACUUGUAUAUUUAUUUAUGUAAUAAGUGUAUUUAACAUAUUUUAUGAAGCUUUUACCAUAUACUAGGCAUUGUACUAAGUGCUGAGGAUACAAAGAAAGACAAAACCAGGGUCCCAGCCUUCAAGGAUUUCUAAUGAAGGAGACAACAUGUAAUUAUGGUCUAAUGAUGGUGAUAUCAAUUAUGUACCUAGCAGAUUUAUACAGUGUAAAUGGGAAAUAAUUUCAGGGAAAAGAUCUCAGCAAUGAAGGAAAGCAGGAAAGGUCUCUCUGCAAAAGGGGGGGUCUUGGUUAAGUCUUGAAAUACAUCAGGGAAACCAGGAGGCAGAGAUGAAGAGGGUAAGAAUUCUGUGCAUGAGAAACAGUCAGGCAGUCAAGAAAUUGGGAGAUGAAGUGUUAUGUGCAGGGAAAUAGGAGGAAAGCCUAUAUCACAGUAAUUAGAGCUGACAUUUAUAUGUUACUUUACAGUUUACAAAUUGUUUAUUUAACCACAGUCCAACCAAGGAGGGUAGAACACUUGUUAUUGCUUCAUUUUAUAGAUAAGGAAACAGAGCAUCAUCAAGGUGAAAUGGACUUAACUAGAGUCACUCAGUUAGUAAGUGGUGUAUUUAGAUUCUGGACUAAGUCUCCUGACUCUAAGUAUGGUGGACCUUCCUUGAUGAUAGUCUUAUAACAUGGUAGUUUAUUCCCAUUUGAACAAAGGAGAGUCUAAAGAAUUGGAGAUGAAAUAUUUUUUCCCGUAGGCAAGGUUAUCCUAUUUGACAGAUAAGAACUGGAAGGGAUCUCGAAGGCCAACUGGUUCAACCAUUCACUUUUUACAUGAAGAAAGUGAGGCCAAGAGGUUAUGGUCCAAGUCAUAUAUGUACUGUGUCAGAGAUGAGAUUUGAACCCAAAUUCUCUGAAUCUAGAAUCAUGAUCUUUUUCUAACACCAUGCUUCUUCCCCUUUAUUCACUUCAUACUUUUUGGUUUAGGCAUUUCAUUUUGUCAGCUGUGGGAAAGAAGAACUGAAAAAGGGAGAGAUUUGAAAAAAGGAAAAUAAUUAGAAAGCUGCUGCAAAAACCCCAAGAGAUGGUCAAGGUCUGAAUUAGGAUAGUGACUAUGAAAAAGAAAGGGAUAGAUGAGAGAUGUUGUGAAGAGAGAAAUUAUUUAUUGUCAGUUGUUUUCUGCUGUGUCUGACUUUUGAGGCUCCACUUGGGGUUUUCUUGGCAAAGGCACUGGAGUGGUUCACCAUUUCCUUCUUUAGCUCAUCUUACAGAUGAGGAAACUGAGGAAAACAGAGGCCUUGCUCAAUGGUCACACAGCUAGUAAAUGUGAUCAAAUAUGACCUCAGGUCUUUCUGACUCCAGAGCCAGAAUUCUAUCUACUGUGCCUUUUAGCUGCCCCUGUAGCUGACUACAAGAGAAAAUAUUUUUUAAAAAGUAUAAAAUUUGGCAACUGCUUAGAUAGGUAGCAUAAAAAGAGGAUGAUGAGUCGAAGACAGUGCUGAUGUUUAGAAUCUUGAUGAAUGGACAACUGAUGGUCAUAGAUCAUGAAUAUCACAGACAGCAACUUCUCAAGGAGAAAGAGGAAGAGAGUCAAUCCUUCUCUGGUUCUGAGUUAUCUGUUUGAAGAGUCAGAUUCAAGGAAUUAUCUUUACGAAGCCGCUAUUCAAGGGAGGAGUCAAUCAGUAGGUUCUUGCCUUUAUGAAUGCCUUAAUGGCGCUUUCUGUUCUGCGGCUGGUACAUGUGACUGUCAAAUAUUUCAGGCCCUUGGGGAAAGGUGCCAGAUUGUACCUAACACGGGUAAGGAGAGAGAUGGAAUCUGCAAAACUUGGGGACAAUACCAUUUUGAAACAUUUGAUGGAAUCUACUAUUACUUCCCAGGAAACUGUUCUUACAUUUUGGCAAAGGAUUGUGGUGCUCGAGAACCUCAGUACACAGUUUGGGUUCAUAAUAGUCCUAAGUGCAUUGGUUCUGUGUAUUAUUGUCGUCGGUCAGUCAGCUUGUUCUUUUCAAGUCAGGAAGAAAUUCUCAUUUCUGGUCACGAAGUAAAAAAAGACGGAAUCAGGUUGAUAUUGCCACAGACAAUUGGGCAUGUUUCCAUUGAGAAGCUUGCAGAUUAUAUCCUAGUGAAGACAAACUUUGGCUUUUCAUUAGCUUGGGAUGGCAUAUCUGGCAUUUACAUAAAGUUGUCUGAGGAGCACAAAGGGAAAACCACUGGUCUGUGUGGGAAUUAUAAUGGCAUUCAGUCUGAUGAUUUGCAAAUGCAGCAUGGAAAGGAAGCUACAGAAGAUGUCGCCCUGUUUGCCAAUAGCUGGUCUGUCCAAACUGCAGAGGAUGUUGCGUGUAUAGAUACUGCUUCAGAUUUUCCCAACCCUUGUUCUACAGGAAUACAUUCCUUUGAGGUGAUCUUCUUCAAAUGUCAGAUACUCCUACAGUUUCCUUUCCUGAGUUGUCAUGAGUAUAUUGAUCCAUAUUCCUAUAUUGCAAGCUGUAUCAAUGAUCUUUGCAAUACUAAUGAUGAUCAUACCUAUUGCCGAGCUGCUACAGAGUAUGCCCGAGCUUGUUCCCAUGUUGGUUACCCUAUUCAGGAAUGGAGAGAUGACUUUCCAGCAUGUGUUGAUAAAUGUGAUGAUAGUCUUGUGCACCGGGAUUGUAUCAGCUGCUGUCCACCUACCUGUACUUUUGAAAAAGAAUGUCUUGGAAGCAAUCUUCAUUGCCUUGAUGGAUGUUAUUGUCCUGAUGGUCUUAUAAUGGACAAUGGAACUUGUGUUGCCUUGGAAAAGUGCCCCUGUAGUUAUCGUGGAUUAUCUUAUUCAGUUGGUUCAAUAAUUGAACAGGAAUGUUCUGAAUGUGUUUGUGUUGGUGGAACUUGGAAUUGCACGAAAUUUGAUUGUCCAGUUGAGUGCUCAGUGGUUGGUGAUUCUCAUUUCACAACUUUUGAUGGUCGACAUUAUACUUUCUUUGGUGUUUGCCAGUAUAUUCUCGUGAAAGGGACUGGGAAAGAUAAAUUCACAAUCACUCUACAGCAGGCUCCCUGUGAUGAGAACCUUGACUGGGCCUGCCUGCAAUCAGUAGCACUAGUUCUUGAGGAUGAUUUUAAUAAACAAGUGAUCCUCAAUAGAGGAGGGGAAAUCCUUACAGGCCCUAACCAGGGUUUUAAUUUGAACGGACAUGUUGAAAUUCGAAAUCUGUCCUCUUUGUUUAUCAUUCUGAAAACUAGAUUUGGUUUAAAGAUUCUAUUUGCUAAAGAUGGGGCAAGAGUUUAUAUUCAACUUGGUACUGACUGGAAGAGAAGAACAAUGGGUCUGUGUGGAACGUUCAAUGGGAACAUUAGGGAUGAUUUCAUGUCCCCAGGAGGCAUGAUUGAAGGGACCCCACAGCUCCAUGGAAAUGCAUGGAAAGUUUCCUCUGCUUGUUUCGCACCUGUCAGAGUUCCUCUAUUAGACCCCUGUACCAUCAACCAAGAAAACAUUGGAUUUGCCGCACACUGUGAUGUCAUCCACCAAGAGCUCUUUGCUCCAUGCCAUGAUGUUGUCAGUCCAGGAUUAUACUAUCAGCUUUGCAGAUUCGAUGCAUGCAAGUGUGGAAGCCCCUGCUUAUGUAAUGCCCUGGGGCACUAUGCUUAUGUCUGUGGCAAGCAUGGCAUUUUCAUUGAUUUCAGGGCUCAAGUCUCAUUCUGCGCCGUGGUAUGCCAGAAAGGCAUGCUGUACCAUCCCUGUUCAUCUUUCUGCCACCACUCCUGUGCUUCGCUUUCCUCCAUGGAGAGCUGUGAUGAUGACUGUGUUGAAGGCUGUAAUUGUCCAGAAGGAAAAUACUUUGAUGAAGUAAUUAGCUUUUGUGUGCCCAUAUUUAGCUGCCAUUGUGAAUAUCGGGGCAGUCAGUAUCAACCUGGAGAGCUCGUAGCCACACCAACUGGAUUGUGUCAGUGUUUAAAUGGGACCGUGAGAUGUGCUGAACCUUCUCCGGCUGUUGCUGUUCAUACAUGCCCAGAAGGAAAACGCUAUUUUGACUGCAAAUUCCCUGAUCCCGAAUUACCAGCGUCUGGAGUAAACUGUGAGACCACUUGUAUAAACUUGGCCAUGAACUUCACCUGCUCCCCAUCUCCACCCUGUGCAAGUGGCUGUCUUUGUCCACCAGGCAUGGCUGAACACAAAGGAAAAUGUUAUGUUCCUGAGAGCUGCCCGUGCCUCUGGAAGGACUGGGAAUAUCUUUCAGGAGAAGUGAUUUCUACCCCUUGUUAUACCUGUGUUUGUCGGCGAGGGAUGUUCAAUUGCACUUACUACCCAUGUCCCGCAGUUUGCACAAUUUAUGGGGACCGUCAUUACCAUUCUUUUGAUGGCCUGGAAUUUGACUACGUCAGUGAUUGCCAAGCUUUCCUCGUCAAGAGUGCAGAUGACUCAGAAAUAGCUGUUAUUGCUCAGAACAAAAAGUGCUUUGAUAAUGACAUUAUUUGUUCAAAAAGUUUACUGAUAUCUGUUGGGGACACUGAGAUUUAUUUGAAUGACUCUCCUUACAAACAGAAACGAUCAGGUUUCCUGGAAAAUAAGCCAACGUACCAGCUUUGGAAGGCCGGGUACUAUGCUGUGGUAUACUUCCCAGAGAAAGACAUCACAAUUCUUUGGGAUAAGAAGACAACCAUACAUAUCAAGGUUGGAUCUCAUUGGAAGGGAAAACUUUCAGGCUUAUGUGGAAACUUUGACAAAUGUUCUUCAAAUGAUAUGACCACAUCUAAUAACAUGGAAGUGAGAAGUCCUCAGGUAUUUGGAGAAAGCUGGUCAAUAGGACAGUGUGAAAACCCAAAUGAGACUGUCAGACCCUGUGAGGCAUAUCAAAAUAAGUUUCCUUAUGCCAAGAAAGAGUGCUCAAUUUUGUACAGCGAUAUUUUUGCCCCCUGCCGAAAUGUGAUCGACGUGACUUCCUUUGUCAAAAACUGCCAUACGGACACCUGUAACUGUAAUCUCGGUGGGGACUGUGAGUGUCUUUGUUCCAGUAUAGCUGCUUAUGCUUACAAAUGUUGUCAGGAGGGGGUCUCCGUUCACUGGAGAGGUCCCAUUUGUGCACUUGAUUGUGAAUCCUACAACCAAGGGCUUGGAGAAGGACCAUAUAUUUUGGCUAGCUAUGGAAGCAUUGAUGCAAUUCUUGGAGCAAAUAUUACCAGUAGAAAAAUCUUCCCAUUAAGAAGAACUAGUCCACAUGAUUUUGUGUUUUUUAGUUUUAUGAUAACUCCAGGACUUUUCAGAGAAAAGAAAUCAACUUUGUCAUUGGUUUCCUUAGAAUCUGCUGAAAGGCCAAACUACUUUCUCUUUGUCCAUGAAGAUGAUACAAUUAGCUUGGAACGGUGGGAGGCCAAUUCUGCUUUUCGCCGGAAUGCUACAUUUUUCCACCACCAGGGUCUCUGGAUUCCUGGUUUCAGUGCUUUUGAAUUACACAGCAAGAAAGGGUUUUUCAUUACCUUCACUGAUUCCACUAUCAAAGUCUCCAAAUAUGAUGACUCUGACGAUUUUAAGCAUGCCAGUAGCUUUACUAUGGAAGAAAUCCCAGCAGCAGUACCUUACAGAAGGAUGUGUGAGUGGCGAUAUGAGCCAUGUGCUACUCCAUGUUUUAAAACUUGCAGUGAUCCUGAUGCACUUGCAUGUAAAUUUCUUCCACCGGUUGAAGGAUGCUUGCCAUACUGUCCUAGAAACAUGAUCCUUGAUGAAGUCACACUUAAAUGUGUUUAUCCUGCAGACUGUAUACCUGUGCCAGUGACAGAAGCUAUAAUCAAGCCUCCCCAGCCAGUGGGCACAGGGCCUCCUGAACCACAUGUCCCAUCUGACUGCCCAGAAGAGGAAGCUCCUACACCUGCUUCAGAAUGUGUGCCAGAAUAUAUGGAACCUACAUUUACUUGUUACCAAUAUGUAUGUAUUAAUAAGGAAUGGGUAUUGUUCAACCUAUCAAGCAAUUGUCCAAAGGACACAACCAUACCUGACUGUGGUUUUCGAGGAAUGCCUGUUCAAGUGAACAAUGAUACCUGCUGUCCCGAGUGGGAAUGCCCUUGUCGAUGUUCAAUGUUGUCAGAACUAAGCAUUAUAACAUUUGAUGGAAAUAGUGCAGCAUUAUAUAGUAUGGCUUCCUAUAUCCUAGUCCAGAUUCCUGGGGAAAUCAUAAUCGCUCAUAUUGAGAAAUGCCCCAGUAAUCAUAUUGGACAUUCCAAAAGAAAGCUAGUUUCACAUGCAAAGACAUCGGGACUUUGUUUUAAGAAAUUAAAUAUAACACUGCUCACACAUAACAUACUUAUCAACAGAAUAACAAGAAAGGUAGAAGUGGAUUCUAUCGUGGUUCCAUUACCAUUCUCAGAGAAUGGCCUAUCAAUUGAGGAUACUGGUGCUAUGUAUGUUGUUAACACUCCAGGAAGAUUUCGAAUACGAUGGGCUCAUGUUACAGGAAUCAUAGAUAUUCACUAUGACUUUUCAUCAAUUGCUAAUUACAGCACAGAAGGACUUUGUGGUGUUUGCAAUGAUGACCCAGAUGAUGAUCUAAGGAUGCAAAAUGGCACCAUCAUUACAAAUAUGGAUGAUAUCGGAUUGUUCAUUGAAAGCUGGGAACUUGACAAAUUAUUUGAUGUUACAACAAGAAGACCUGUUAAAAAUUGUACGGAAGAUGAUUGUAGUCACUGUGUAGAGCUACUAAACAAAACAGCUUUCAUUCCAUGCCAUAAAAAAGUUUUGCCAGAGGAGUUUUGUGAGAAGAUGUGGAUCAACUAUACAUAUUUUUGGAAGUAUGAAUGUGAUGUAUUGUCUGCCUACGUAGCUUUGUGCAACAAAUAUGAUAUCUGUAUUCAGUGGAGAACAUCAGAUUAUUGUUCUUUGAGUUGUCCUGAAGGGAUGGAAUAUCAGCCUUGUGCUCAAUCUUGUACGGUCAAAACAUGUCAGAACAAAUGGUUCUUUGAAGAAGAGUCAUCUUGCCAACAUUUAAGAGAAGACUGCGUGUGCACAAAUGGGACUAUACUUCAUAGACCAGACUCCAUUCUGUGUAUUCAAGAAGAAAAAUGUGCAUGUACCGACAAUAAGGGCCAACCCCGUACUUCUGGAGAGAUUUGGAAUGGGUCGGACGAAGGGUGCUGCCUCUAUGAAUGUUUGGAAAAUGGAAAUGUGAUCCCUUUAGAGCCUAGUUGUAUUGAAGAGUUGCCUCCAACUUGUGAAAGAGAAGGAGAAGUUGUCAUCACCAUCAUGGACAUGCAGUCCUGCUGUCCAAAGAAACUGUGUGCCUGUGACAUGACUUUGUGUGAAACUGAUAUUCCAAUGUGUAAAAGUACUGAAAAAUUGUUUGUAGGCUACAGCCCACUUCACUGCUGCCCACAAUACCAGUGUGAAUGUGACAUUUUGGAGUGUCCUGAACCUGCCCCAGCUGACUGCAGGGAAGAUCAAUUUGAGAUUCAAGUCCAGCGGGGAGAACCUUGCUGUUACUCCCCUUUUUGUGUUUGUGAACCUUGCACUGAGCCCAUUCCCCUGUGCACAGAGGGAGAAUUUCUCACGGUGGAUCUCCAUACCACACAUCUCUGUUGCCCUCAGUUUUAUUGUGUCUGUGAGCAGAACCUUUGUUCCCCACCUUCACUUAACUGCCCAGAAGACAUGAAACUUGUGAAAGAAAAUGUGUCAGGACAGUGCUGCCCAGAGUGGCAUUGUGAAUGUAGCUGCGAAAAUAUUGUUAUGCCAACUUGUAAUGUGGGAGAACUCACUCUAAUAGACCAAGACUUUCAAAGUGAUUGUGGAUGCCAGAAGUAUCUCUGUGAAAAGGAUAAUGUAUGUGUGUUUCAAGAAGUAAAUGUCUUGAAUCCAGGAGAGUCCAUGAUAAAAUAUUUGGAAGGAGAUUACUGUUAUCCAAUAGAAUGUUUGGAAGAAAAGGAUAAUAGUACAGGCUACCAUGCCAUGAAUAUUUCUAUGGUGAAUUGUUCAAAAGAAUGUGAAGAACACCAAGAAUAUGUUCCUUCUACCAGCGAUUAUGAUUGUUGUGGUAGCUGCAAGAAUGUAUCCUGUAGUUUCAAGAUUGAAAAUGAUACAUUUAUAUAUGAGGAGGGAAGUUCAUGGGUCUUUAACUGCAGUAAAUAUGAGUGUGUAAUGACAGAUGAAGGGACAAUGAUUCUGGGCUACAGUGUUGUCUGUCCUCCUUUUAAUGAGACUGAAUGUAAAAAGAAUGAAGGUAUCAUAACAAUAAUAAAUGAUGGCUGCUGUAAGAUCUGCAGAAGGGAAGAAAGAAUGUGCCAGAAAAUAACAGUAAAAACAACCAUAAAAAAACAAGAUUGUACAAGUCAAAGUCCUAUAAGUGUUGCUUCUUGUGAUGGGAAAUGCCCAUCUGCUACCAUCUACAAUGUCAAUAUUGAUAACCAUUUUAGAUUCUGCAAAUGUUGUAGGGAAAGUGGAGUGCGGAAUGUGAACGUGCCUCUCUUCUGCUCAGGAAAUGGCUCAGAAGUUACGUACACCUUUCAAGAACCCAUCGAGUGCUCAUGUCAAUGGAAAUGAAUUCUGGAUUCAAAAUAAACCCACACCCAAACCACAGAAUGAGCAUUAGGGUUCAUUGAUACUUUCCUAUCACUGGAGAGGUCUAUACCUUUUUAAAAAUUAAUAAACUUAUGAAAACUUUCAUCCCACUAUUUCAUCACUGAUAGUAAAUACCUUAUGUUGCUCUAGUAAAGUUACUUUUUCCUUUAUCUAGUAUGUAUUUCAGUGUAUUGCAUUGUCUAGUUCAAUAAAAUUACUUUCCUAUGAUAGUGAAAUAUAGUUAUGUAUAAGAUUUUAAAAAGCAGUAACUUCAGAUCAAUGUUGCAUUGACUGAAACAUAAUUUGGGGAAACUCUCCAUUUCACUUAAUUGCAGUUAAAGUCAUUGCAAAUGAAAUUUUAUCUCCUUUUGUAAGAACCUGGGAAGCAAAAGCCAGUGUUACUUAAUAUCCCCAAAUCUGUACUUUUUAUUCCACAUGAGUAGAGUGGGUAAAAGUUGGCUUCUAGAUUGGUAGACUUAAUCAGACUUUAUAGAUUCACAGAAUCACAAGAUCAUAGAAUAUUAGAAGUAUAAGAGGCUUUCAAGAUCACCUAUUUUAACCAUACUUUUUUUUGAAAGUCUAAAUACCUUUCCCACUAUAGAUACCUUCCAACUUUUCUGCAUGUAUUUUCUAUGUUCCUUUUUAUAGAAAUUUAAUACUACCAGUCAAAUGCAAGUUCCUUGAGGGCAGGGGUUCUUUUUCUUUUUCUUUUUUGGUAUCCUCUGGACUUAGCACAGUGCCUAGCACACUGAAAGCACAUAAAUGCUUCUUGGUUGAUUGGUAGAUUGAUUUGUCCAGUCUUACUCAAAUAGGUAGUGAUGCUUUGCUUAAGCAGAACCCCAAAUCUUUCUCUUGCAUUCCAGGUCUCAGAGUGUCUUACACUUUAAGGGAUUAGUCAUUGGAGUCCCCAUUUGUAAAGAUUUAAAAUUAUGUGUAUAUUCAAACUGUUAGGUCCAGUGCCUUUGGAUUAAUUAAUAAAAAUCCCACACAUAGAGAUAAAUAUGUAUUGUAGAUGCCAAGAAAUGGGGUGGGGAAAUGCAUCCUCAGCAGGCAUGGGGAGGAGGGAAAUCUCGUACCUUUAUUUUUAUACCAUGAAAUCCCUGGUCUUCUGUAUAUAGCUAUUAUUUAACAUAUUUGGUAAGUAGCCCAGAGUGCUUAGACACUGGCAUCCACUUUUAGAUGUAUAUAUAGAGUAUACAGGUCAAUAAGGAUUUUUUUGUACUUAUGCUGCUUUCUCUGUGAUGGGGGAAUGGGAUGAGAUUAUUUGAAUGUAUUAAUGCUUCUGCAAUAUAAUGUUGUACCUUCAAAUCAAUAAUUUUAAAAAUGCCUUGGCUGAAGAGAAAACAAGACAGGAGGUGUUCAACAUACAGAUGCUCACCAGCACUUUGAAAUAUACACUCUGAAUAACCAUUUAUAUUUUUACAGAAAUUCUCCAUUUAACUUAAAAGUCAUUUCCAACAGAAAAAAAAAAAACCCCAAACAACUGUUUGUCAUAGAAACUUAGCAGGAAUAGUGAUAGGAAGCAGACUUGUGCUUCAUUUGCUUAGCGAAGUCCAGGUGAAGAAGUCCCCUCUCCCAGUGCAGGACAGUACCUACUCUGCAGGUAGUAACCUUGGAGGAGUGAGAUAUUACGAAUUUUGUCUAGGGGCUCACAGAGGAGAGACUUAAACCAGUUCUUCCUGUCUCUGAGAUCAGCUCUUCAAAGAUUUUAUCAUGUGGCUUUUCAGACCAGGAAGAUUAAUCAUUCUGUUCUCUGUGUAUGUUUUGGUGGGGGAACAAAAGGUUUCACAAUUGUAUGUAUAAAAUCUUGUUUUAAAAUUUCAGAGGAUAGGAACAGCUACGUGGCUGAGUGAACAGAGAACCAGAUCUGAAAUCAGAAGGACCUGGGUUCAAAUCUGCCCUCAGAUACUUCUUAGCUGUGUGACCCUGGGCAAGUCACUUAAUCUCAAUUGCCUAGUUGAUAUUGCUCUUCUGCCUCAAAACUGAUAUCUAGUAUCGAUUCUAAGACAGAAGGUAAAGGUUAUAAAAAAAUUUAAGAGUUAUAGGAUAUCAUAGAACUUUAACAUUAGAAAGGAAGUCAAAUAUGAUAGAAUUCCCUAUUUCACCACAAUGAUUAUAAUCCCUGUGUUUUAGCAUAGCAAUAGCAUUUAACUGGUAUCCUUUUUAUUACUAUUAUUGUUAUUAUGUCUGGAUAUAUGAUUUGACCUGUGUUAGGAAUUCCUAGUGAUGAAAUUCUUUCUGCUGACUGAGCUACAAUUCUGUAAGUUAUAGUCUAUUUGAGUUACUGAGGCUCUAUGCCAUUACGAAGUUAAUGAUCACAAAGCCAAUAUGUUUCAGAGACAGAGAACUUAAUUUCAGCUUAUUCUGACACCAAGCCUAACCUUCUAUCCAAUAGACCUUACUGUCUCUCAUAUUGAUUUGAUGAUAGCAGCGUCCAUAAUUUAACAUAUAUGUCAAUGAUCUGUAAUUUUGUUGGUGGGGGACUCCCUAUCCCUAACUAACUCUAAGCACAAACUUUACUGUACAAAAAUUGCUCAAUUCCCCUGAGUUAUAGUUAACCAUGAUUAUUCAGCAAAGAUGUCAUUAAUAAAAAAGAAAUGCUUUUAGUUUUCUUUAUGGAUAUUUGUGAUUCAUGCUAUAAAAAUCCUCAUAAUAAACUUAGAAACAAUAGUUGAAAUUUAAUUUAUUUUUUUGAUCUAGAAAAGAAGCAAUGGAUCAUGGUCAGAGAAAUGGACUUGGAGUCAGAAAGACUUGAGUUUAAAUCUUCUGACUGAGUAGCUUUGAGUGGAUUAGUCUCAACAUCUCAUUACCCUCAUCAGCUCUCUGAUUCUGACCUACACUGGGAAAAGGUAGUUUUCUCUUUGCAAAUUUCAUGUGUCAAUGAAAUCACAAGUCCAGUUUCUCCCCUCAACCCAUCCCCCACUAAAAAAAAAAAGAAAGAAAAAUCUUGAUCAGAAUUGGAGAAAUACAACAUUAACAUUGAAAUAUGGAGAUCUGAAUCAUUUAAAAGCACUACAUCUUGUUGAAUUUGUAAAUUACAUAUUGCAUCUGUCUCUCUUUUGCAAUCAGUUUGUAUUUGACAUCAACGAAAAAUCAAUAAAAAUUGCUCUAUGAA